UUAUAUAGAUAGUAAAUGAUUAAAAAUGAUUAUUUAAUGAUUUUUAUUGGUAUAUUAAUAUUAAUUUUAGGUGUUUUAAUUGGUGUUGCUUUUUUAACUUUAUUGGAGCGGAAGGUAUUAGGCUAUAUUCAAAUUCGAAAAGGUCCUAAUAAAUUAGGGAUUAUGGGGAUUUUACAACCUUUUAGUGAUGCAAUUAAGUUAUUUACUAAGUUUGUUGUAAGUAUGGGAGUUUAUACUUUAAUAGUAGCUGGUUGAUCUUCUAACUCUAAUUAUGCAUUAUUAGGAGGCUUACGAGCAGUUGCUCAAACUAUUUCUUAUGAGGUUAGUUUGGCUUUAAUUAUAUUAUCUGUUAUUAUUAUGAUUAUAGAUUUUAAUUGCUAG